AUGAGUAAAAAUCCUAGUCAAGUAAUGAACGAGGAUUGGCCGGAAACGGAUGCCGUCCAUCUCAAGUUCGGACAACCGACUGAUGUCGGAGAGGUUCCCGACGCCGAAACUACUUCCUCAAGUCGGAAUUCUCCCAGAGACUCUCCCAAAAACUACUCAGUUGCACAGAAGACCCUGCAUAGCCAUUUUAAUGGCGUUAUAAACUUAAACGUCGCUAUGAGCGGGACUUCUACAGAAAAGCAAGUGACGUAA